CUGUGAAACGCGCUUCCGUGGGGCGUGUGCUCGUCCUGCAAUGAGCGCGCAGUGCGCGUUCCACAGGCGCAACAGAGAGCACUGCGCGCCUCUCAGCGUCUCCAAAAACAAAACAUGGGACUUGAAAGGGAAAAAGCGGAGACCAGCGUUAUUAUGGAUGAAGACGAAUUCAACAAAUCCAUUGAACCAAUACUGGGGAAACAAAAAGCGCACGUUUAUUCAGCGGUACCGGACAGAGACCCUAAAAAUAUUAACUCACACGUAAAGGUUGGCUUUGAAGACAUCAUCGCAGAGCCCAUCUCUACCCACAGCUUUGAUAAAGUGUGGAUUGGCAGUCAUGCUGUGUUCGAGCUGGUGAAAUAUGUUGUCUACCUGUUCCUCACCACGAUUUUGGCCAUUCCCAUGGCAUUUGUUGCAGGGAUUGUUUUCGGGAUCCUCAGCUGCAUACAUAUUUGGGUGGUGAUACCGGUGGUCCAUGGCUGCAUGAUGACUCUGCCUCCCAUUCAGGUGAUCUGGACCAGUUUGGUGGACACGUUCAUACGACCUCUCUACUUCAGCAUUGGGAGGUGCUUGUCGUCCAUCAACAUCAAGACUUUGCAAAACUAAGAUGUUUUCUGUAAGCUCCACAUUGAAGUGUUUCAGCUCUUCUGCUGGAUGAUGUACAAGUCCAGACUAUCUCACCCGAUACUGUUGCAAAUCUUUCGAUCGGGUUUAUUACCUUGUUAGACCUCAUUAUUGAAGGUUAUCUCCUGAAGGAUCAUUUAUCCUUGCCAUUCCAAAACACAGAAAUGGGGAACAAAAAUCCUGUAUUUUAUUACACAACUGCAAUAAUCAUUCCAGACUUUUUUAAAGGGUGGUGUCAGUGUGAACAUGCUUUUUUGGAGUAAGCUUUUGUAUUAUAAGACUUAAAGGGACGGUUUACACAAAAUGUAAGUUUUGUCAUCAUUUACAUCUUGUUCUGUGGAGUACAAAGACAAUUUGGGACUGAAAGCCUUAGUCACUAUUCAUUUGCAAUACACUGAUAAUAAAGUAUUGAAAGCAUAAGGGUGUGACGAAAGAUGAUGAUGAUGACAGAGUUUUCAUUUUUGGGUCAACUAUCCCUUUAAGAUGCUCUGAUUGAUGCACAGUCUCAAUAUGCAUAAUGUGAUACGGCAAUAUAGGAUUAUGAUGUGUUUGUAAAGAAGUAAAAAGAAAGAAUAAUAUAAAAAAUGAUGGAACUACUUCCAAUAGGGAAGUAGUGAUUUAUUGAGGGUAAUAAUAUUUAUAUAUUUACAGAUGAAAGGUUUUUAUACAACAAGACUGAAUAAGAUGCUGUUAUGUUUAAAUUAUAUAAAUCUGACAGCAUUUUAGUGCACAGACUAUAUUUAUAAUUGUCAGGUACAUGCCUGUUAAAGAGCAUUCUGUACAAAUAUACAUUAACACUGUUUUAACACUGAUUUCUUUAUAUGAUGAUGCAUGUAUUAUUCAAAAUGGCGAUUAAUUUGCCUUGCAAAGCUGCGUUUAACGUGCUGUUUGCCAUGGAUUGUGCUUUGUUAGUGGCUCCACGGGCUAAAUGGAAUAUUUGACUGUGCAGUGGAACAUAAGAGGCUCAGGUGCCAUAUCCUCGCCCCUUUUAAAUGAUGUCAUAUGGCAAGCAUGCUGAACACAACUCAGUUUAAAUAAGUAUAAAGAGCUACAUGCACCAAAUAAAUAAAAUCUUAAAGUUGAA